AUGAUCUUGGCGAUCGUUGCUUUAUCCUUCAUUACUUUUGCUGUAACAUCCCACUUUCUCAAUUUAUAUGGUUCUUUUUUAGAUACCGCUUCGUCAACCAUUCACACCAGAAGUGAGAGCAUUCUUUUGAGAGCUGAACGUCCACCACUGCGUGUAGCAAUAUUUACAGCUGCAGGCAAUGGCAAUCUUGGUGAUAAUUUGCAAAUACAUUCAUGGACGAGCCAUUUCAAUGCGUGGAACAUGAGAAAGUAUGGUGGUAGAAGGAAGAUUGAUAUUUAUUCGUUGUCAGGAGAGUUUUGCUGCUAUCCUUUCGACGACAGGAGGAAAUUGGUUGUGGAUUCGUUAGAGUCCUUAACUCAGUUCCUAUCUAAACACCAACCACAUUAUAUGAUAAUUGGUGGAGGUGGAAUAUUUGGUCAUCCUCAUAGACCAUUUGACACACGCAAUGUUACAUGGAGUCAAGUUGUAGCACAAUUUCCCAAUGUCAAAUGGAUCAUUGCUUCUGUGGGAGCAGGGGAGGACAUCAGUGAGGAUUUGACAGCAAGGGUUUCAUCGCUCAUCGAUCAUGCAAAGGUUGUGACAGGAAGAGACGGGCCAUCUCAACAAAUGCUGCAAAAGCACAUUUCCGACAAGAAUCGGCGUGUGACAUUGUUACGAGACCCUGUAUUAGUUGAUGAAGAGCAUUUCCCGUUUCCUCCCAUCUCAAAUGAUUUUGAACAUGAGGGUGCCUCUUCGAAACAAACAUGUUGGAUAUUAAGGAAGCCUCUCACUGAGGAGUUAGUUUCCUUAAUGAAACCCCACAUUAAUCUUGAAAAAGAUUUGCUUCUAGCAAUGGAAGAGCAGGACAAAGUUUUAGAUAAUAUCUUCCACAGAAAACAUAUUUCUGUUUUUCCCACCGGUGGCCAAUGGCUGUGGGACAACUUGCAAAAGCAUUGUGCAUACGUUGUUACUAUGCGAUUUCAUGGAGCAAUUUUGGCGUUCAGGUCACAAGUUCCCACUUUAGCGAUUGAGCCUCUGUCUCGCAAGAUUAUUCAGCUGUACCAGGAUGUUUAUGGAAACACGGAUUGUGUCAUGACUCAUAUCAACGAAAAAGAGUUUGCUGAGAAAUUUCACAAGUGUCGCUCCGUUAACCCAUCUCCAAUCGUUCCUGUGCUUAAAGAAAUGAGAAAACAAUUCGACCAGUUUAUGGACACAACAUUUGACUAA